AUGGCCAAAAGAAAGGCUAGGCGAUCGGAACCUGGAUCGUCAAAACGCUGCAAGACCGAACCCAAGACCACGAAGGAGUGGGACCUUAAAAUGUCCUAUGUCGGUCUAUUGAAAUUGGAUGUGCCAGAGCGCCCAGUCCGAACUUAUCGACACAGACAAACUGGAGAUCCUAUUACUCUUCGAGCGGAUAUUCCUCCUGAAUGGGAAUGGACAGACGAGGAGCCCGAUCUUGAUCCCGAUGACAUCGACGCACUAAUCGAGCGAUGCAAAGAGCGAAUUUCAGACGGCAUUAUACCCCAUUUCUUCGAAUACAGGCUGAAGGAGCUUGAGAAACAGCAACUUUAUAGAAAUGAUUUGAUGGCUCUUUUUCCUGGUAAAGGCUGGGAGGUGGUUCAGCGUCUUGAUACGCUCGGGGAUAUUGGAUCAUCCUUACGAACAAACGGAGAUGACUACAACCAGGAAAUAAAUGUCAACGCGAUCAUAAGGGCCUAUCAAUCGGGCAACUUGAACUGGAACCCAGGUUUGUCGAAAGGAAAACAAAUUUGCCAGCCGAGACCCUUUGAUUGGGAUGAGUUCUUUCGGGUAAACAAAGAGCACGAUGGACAUGAAAGUUUUUGGGUCGAAGGGAUUAAGGUCGCGGUACGGAUUCCCGGUUCAACUGAUACAUACGAAGAAUUUGAUUUCGUGGACGAUACCGGAGCUAGCAUGUCGGUGUUGUUCUAUGAGGAUAUACACUACCUGCAGGAAUUGGUUCGGAUUAAAACUCAUUUUCGUCCCCCGAUCCAGAUCAUGGGCAUAGCCAGCCUGUCACUUGCGGAUGUUCAGCAGGUCUUUCCAGAGAUUGUUGUUUUAGAAGUCAACGUGUUGUGA